GCCUUGGAAAGGGGAGCCUGUGAGUCAAAGGGAGGAGAAAUGGAAAAGAAAGCACAGAGAGAGGAAGGAAGAACUUUGGAGAGAACGGACAGGGGGACUAAAGGACUAAAGCAGCUGAGAUUCAGAUGUUAGGACUCAACAGCUAAUGGACAAAAUAUUUCUCAUGUGCAGAUGCAGAAUCAUCUCUGGACCAGGAUGUAGACCAGCAUGGACAUGACAGUGCCAUCUUCUUGCUUGCAGCCUCUCCUGUGCAUUCUCCUCCCUUUGCACUUUGCAGGCACAGAGACUAACCCUUACCUCCGCCCAAAUGUCACCCUGUUGUUCGACAGCACCGUGCACAGCAACAGCUUGCGCAACUGCAGCUGCACAGCAGCAGUGCGCCAUUGCGACGAGGCUCUAGCUAACCUGCUGUGCAGCUGCAGCACUGUUUCUCGCUCAUCACUGACCCCUGGUGGCCUGAGGUGGGAUGACAGCAGCAGGACACUAACAGUGUGGGUGCGCGAACCCUGGGUGCUGAGGGAUCUCCUGAAUGGCAGCCAGGUCUCAGAGCUCCAACUGUCUCUGUGCACCCCAGUCCCAAUCCAAGGCCCGGCCCAGUAUCUCACUCUAGUGGGUCUGAGGAAGCUUCAGGUGUACACCUCUGCCAAAAGCACACUGCACCAGGACCAAGCCCUGAACACCAUCUCCAAAGCAGGGCCUGAUGCACAAGACAGUGCCCUCAGAAUCGCCUUUUUAGACAUGUGGUCACUGUCUGGGGUCCUUCACUUGAAGGCGUACAGUGUGGUCGGACCUCCCCUCCAAGCUCUCAAGCAACAUUUCCCCAACCUCAAUCUCUCUGGAAAAGAUGUUCAGAGCAGUGAUCUGGAAAGGAUGCCGUCAAUCCUAACUUUUAUUUACUAAAUCAGAAGCGGGUUUUACAGCCAGACCUUUCCAGGAGUGUAAUUCUAUGAGCUGAGGAAAGCAUCUGUUACACCUGGAGUUCUUAACCUUUUUCGAAAAAAGAAUAAUCAAAUAUUAAGUCAACUCACUUACUGGGCACUUCGUCACAAACCUUUAGCCUGGCACAUAAAAACUCCCUUCAUCAAGACACUCCUUCAAUCAAGACCCUCACUCCAUUAAGACCUUCCCUCCAUCAAGAUCCACCCUUCCAUCAGGACCCUCCCUUCAUUAAGACAUUCCUUUAAAACCCUCCCAUUUAGGUCCCUCCUUCAAUCAAGUUCCUCCCUCCAUCAAGACCCUACAUCAGCAAAGUCCCUCUUCAAUUAAGAGCCCCCCUCCAUCAAGACCUCCAUAAAGAACCUGCCUUAAUCAAGAUCCUCCUGAGCACACCCAGUAGAAGUUCAUUAUCAAUAUUGACUUUCAGCAGAUCUUGUAUGUACUUGUCAGUUUUUUCUCUGUGCUUAAUAAUGAUAUCUUCUGAAACACUGCUCUCACAUCCCUCUUGGGACCACAUUGCAAACCUUAAAGGCAUCCCAACUCCCAGGUUAAGAACCCCUGUUUCACUCAAUUUUCUGUUAUUCCAGAUGUAGUCAUUCAGACAAGAUGUCUUUGAUAUCUGAAGUUUGCCUCUUUAGUUUUGCACUACAGUGAUCAGGCUAAUGUAGCUUACAAGUAACAGAAGCUUACGCCCUGCCAAUUAGUAUCAUGCAAACUGAUUUAUCUAAACUACUUUCUGCUUUUGUGUUUAUCUUUAUAAAAUGGGCAUAAUGGGCACAGUUAAAACUUAAGCUUUAGACCUGAGCAGGCCAACCUAUCCCAUUUUUAUGCUAAAAAGCUUCAAGCAGAACCUGUUUUUGUUCAUCUUCUCAGAUCCUCAUAGCAACAUAAUCUCACCAAUUGGGCAAAUUUCUUAACAUUCACCCUGAAGACUGUAUAAAAGUAGCUUUUUACAUUGUCUGUGUUUUUUGAUUACAGAGUUGUGUUUAGUUGUAUGCAAAAGUUUAGGUACCCCUGGUCAAAUUCCAUGUCAUCUGUAUUUGAUGUUGAUAAGUGUAAAUAAGUUGACAUCCUCUAAAGAGAACACACUUUUGCACAUUUUAAUACACAAUUAAUGGUGAUUAAUACAUUUGGGUGGAAAACACAUAAAAUAUGGCCUGUGCAAAUGUUUUUUUGUUUUGUUGUUUUUUUUGCCUCAUUUGGGAGCUUUAACUAAAUAUGCAUUGCAAUUUGCAAAGUUUUUUUCUUAGUGUAGACAUUUAAUCUACAUAGAUACACUGUGCUACAUAUCAUUAAUCACAAAAGCAAUAGUGUAUGUUAGUGUAACAAGAUUUAAUUCCAUGUAAUUUUGAGCAUUUUGAGUACCUUUUUUUGUAAAAGUGCUGCGAAAGUUAAGGUACAUUUUUUUUUCUCAAUUCGCUGAAUUCAGCAAAUAUAACAUUUU